AGAUUCAACCCUUUCAGGUAAUAACAAAUGGAAUUUUUUAGAGAAGUUGGAGAACUUCGGGGUAACCAGGGCAUGGAAGAGGAAGAGGGUGUUAUGUCCGUAGAGCCGAUUGCGAUGAUUGUACUGUCAGAACUGCAAGACUUUUCAGAAACCCUUACACCCGAGAGCAGUGCCAGUUCGAGUGCACAUGAGGGCUCCGGUGUUAAUUGUUCUUCGUCAUCUGAAGGGUCAUCAUCAGAAAAGACUCCCAGUGAUGGAGAAGAUGUGGGGGAGGGCGUAAGUAGUCCCUCGCCGGAAAGUGUGGAGGUGAAUGUGAAUGUGCCUAUGGUUGUAGGUUGCGAGAAUAAGAUUAUAAGUGGUAGGCUGAGCAAUCUUCGCAAAGCCCCACAUACAUUGGCUGCCGGAUUUAGGUUUAGGGCAAACCUUCAUCACGAGAUAGCAGAUUGUGCGACCUCAAUUAAAGGAUAUAAAAGACUGGAGGAAAUAGUGAGGCAGUAUCACGUCCCCAGGACAAUUUUGCUCCGAACUGGCACAAAAAACGAAAAGACCUACACAGUGUUGCCAACAGGGUGGAUACCCGUGUAUGUGGACCACUUCGAUGCCAGCCUGCGAUUCCCUUUGCCCAGGCUAAUUUUUGACGUGCUCGCAGAGUACGAGCUGGCGUUGACACAGUUGACCCCUAAUAGCAUAAAAUUUAUCAUAGGAUUUAUGCUGUUGUGUGCAAGGUUAGAGAUUCUUGCGAAGGCAAUUGUGUUCAGAUCGUUGUUCUUGUGCCAGUUGAGUAUCACUCAAAUGAGAAUAACGAACUAUGUAAAGACGGUGGGGUUAGUUGAUUUGGAGGCCCUGGUUACCCCUGAGGUGCUCGCUGUGUGUGGGUUUGUGGAUGUCACAAACCUGUUCAGUGAAGAGAUGAGUAGCAUGCUCGAGAGACAACACGAAUGGGCUCAGCGCUCACGAACUCAACGCUCACGAGCUCAGUGCUCACGAGCUAGAGGGGCUGGGUCUAGCAUGCAAAGGCAAACGCACUUUGACGAGCGGCCGCCUGCAGCUCCUCGUAGCUCGUCGCAAAGGGAGCGAGGCUUUAGCUCGGCUUCACGGCCACAUGCUGAGCGGAGAGUUGAAGCCGUUUCUGUUGAGACUCGGAGGCGUGCUCGUGAAGACUCCGACGCUAAAGAUGACGUACCACUGAUUCGAUGCAGAUUGAACUCUAGGAGUCAAUCUGGAGCGGUGCGCUCACCUGACGCGCCUGCUGCCCAGGCGCGCAACACUGCUGAGGCGUUACCCACACCAGCAGCUAGCGGUAUGCAGAAUUUCGUCCCACUUGUGGACCGUCAACGCGCCAAGGGUUACAUUCAGCAGCACGGGAGUCAUGCUGCUAUGUUGAAAUUGAUGGAUGCGUUAAACUACUCAAUGGCUUUGUUCGAGAGUGAACAGGCAGCUCGCGGCCAAAAUUGCGAGCUGACUAACACUUGCAAGCAGUUGACAUCUGACAAGGCGAGCUUGGAGGAUAAGGCCGAAAAGGAGAGUGGGAUCCAGGCAGCCAUGGAUGAGGUCGUUCGUGCGGUGGAUCGCGCGAAGAAGGCUGAAGCGGAAAGAGACAACGCUCUAAACGACCUCAACACUCUUAGACAGCGGGUAGCAGUGGCUGAUCAGGACCUUGCUCGCGCAGAGGAGGGGCUGAGGAAGGCCAAAACUCAACACUAGCGCUGCAUAAGCAUCGCGCGAGCUCAAGGCGC